AGGUAGUGAAAAGGUUGAGAAAGAAACGAACAGAGGAAGCUGAGAUCUUUAUCUGUACUGGACAAUGAGGGCCUAUAGUCAUGACGAGUUGGAGACCAUGAGCCCAGAGGAUAUCCUCAAGGCUUUUAAAAAGAAUCUAACUUCAAAAUUAGACUCACUUUUGGUGAUUGCUGGGAACUCUGAUGAUGAUAGCAUCAUUGUUCAGACUCUUGACAAGAUAGUUGUUGCCGCUACCAAGUUUGGAAAGAGCUUUUUUGAGAAAAUUCCGAUGGAUAUGAAGGUCUAUGUUGACUGUAUAACACUGAGGAAGGUUGAGAAGCCAAUUGGCAACCACAAAUGUUUUGUUCGUCUCUACAAGGAGGGUUACAGGAAGAAAAAGCUGAGCGCCAAGACAUACAAAGGUACAUCGUUGGAAUCGAUGAGGCGUGUGGCAAGCCAGAUAGGUCACAGCCUCACAUCUGUUUUUGUUAAGUUAAUGAUCUCCUUGUGUGUUGAGAACCAACCGUGGACGAUUAAACGAUUUGACAAUUUGGAGUCUCUAAUUCUGUUGCUCAAAAUGAUGUUUAAGUGGAAGGGGAAAACUAAUGACUUUGGGGUGGUUUUCAACAGAAUCAUUGAGUGCAUCAAAAUUGGGCGCCAUGAAUUCCUUGGGGUUCCGAAAUUGACACAAAAAAGAAGGGGAACCAUUGAACUUAGAAGGAAGACUAUAGAUAUCAUUGGUUGCUAUAGUUUGAACAAUUUCCUUCAAGAACUAGUGGCUGAACUGGUUGGGGUUCCGAAAUUGACACAAAAAAGAAGGGGAACCAUUGAACUUAGAAGGAAGACUAUAGAUAUCGAUGAUUACUAUAGUUUGAACAAUUUCCUUCAAGAACUAGUGACUGAACUGGUAAUGUUUUGUGGGUUUAAUGUUGCUUUGCUUUCUUGCAGAGUUGCUGUUACUCUAGACUUCUACAAGUUUGAUGCAUGA